AUGGAGGUGGUGAGAAGGCUGCUCUCUCUGGCCCUUCUGACGGCCUCAUGUUUGGCGGAGUCGAAUUCCACCGAGGCUGAAGGCAGAUCAAGCUGCAGGGCCAGCCUGGGAGGGAGCAACGCAGGAGAGACACACAAAACCUUCAUUGUGAACCUGAAUUCCGAUGAGGACUGCAUUUGGACCAUAGAAAAACCAGAGAACAAAAGCAUCAGACUCGUCUUUUCCCACGUCCAGCUGGAUCCAGAUGGAAACUGUGAAAAUGAAAACAUUAAAGUUUUUGAUGGACUUCCUACAAAUGGGUAUCUGCUGGGGACGGUCUGCAGUAAACACGACUACGUGCCUGUGUUUGAAUCGUCAGCCGAUACACUGACAUUUCAGAUAGUCACCGACUCCACCGCACUUGCAAGGACUGUCUUUGUCUCCUACUACUUCUUCUCUCCUGACACCUCUAUUCCGGACUGUGGCGGGUACCUGGAUGCACUGGAAGGUUCCUUCACCAGCCCCAAUUACCCAAAGCCCCAUCCUGAGCUGGCUUACUGUGUGUGGCACAUACAAGUGGAGAAAGGUUACAAGAUCAAACUGAGCUUCAAAGACAUUUUCCUGGAAGUAGACGACAACUGCAGGUUUGAUUUCGUCGCCAUCUAUGACGGCUCCUCCACCAACUCCGGCCUGAUCGAACAAGUCUGUGGUCGCAAGAAGCCCACCUUCGAAUCUUCUUCAGACUCCUUGACUGUUGUGUUAUCUACCGAUUAUGCCAACUCCUACUGGGGCUUUUCUGCUUCCUACACUUCAAUUUAUACCGAAAAUGUCAACACCACGUCUUUAACUUGCUCUUCUGACAAGAUGAGAGUCAUCAUAAACAAAUCAUACCUGGCAUCAUUUAACUAUAAUGAGAAUAACUUACAACUAAAUGACCCAACCUGUAGACCGAGGGUAUCCAAUGUUGUGGAAUUUUCGAGCCCUCUGGAUGGAUGUGGCACGAUCAAACAGGUGGAAGACCACUCGAUCACCUACACCAACGUCAUCAGCUUCACCGUGUCCCCGACUUCCGGAAUCAUCACCCGACAGAAGCACCUCCAGAUCAUCGUGAAGUGCGAAAUGGAAAACAAUUCCACCGUGGAGAUUAUGUACAUAACGGAAGAUGACGUCAUACAAAAUCAGAUCACACUGGGCAAAUAUAACACAAGCAUGGCUCUUUUUGAAUCCAGUUCCUUCGAAAGGCCUCUACACGAAUCACCGUAUUAUGUGGAUUUGAACCAGACUCUUUAUGUUCAAGUCAGUCUGCACGCCCCAGACCCAAAUCUGGUGGUGUUUCUUGAUACGUGUAGAGCCUCUUCCACGUCUGACUUUGGCUCUCCAACCUAUGACUUAAUCAAGAGUGGGUGUAGUCGAGAUGACACUUGUGAGCUGUAUCCUUUGUCAAGACACCACGGGAGGUUCCAGUUUCGCGCCUUUAAGUUCCUGAGGAGUCUGAACUCCGUGUACCUGCAGUGCAAGGUUCUGAUCUGUGACAGCGGCGACGAGCAGUCUCGCUGCCAUCAAGGCUGUGCCGACAGGAGGAAGCGAGAAGUCUCUUCCUACAGGUGGAAGGCCGACUCUGUCAUAGGCCCCAUUCGUCUGAAAAGGGAUCGGAGUGCGGGGGGAAGCUCAGGCCAUCCACACCAACCACAGGCAGAAGAAAUGCGGAACCAGCCGUCUGAUAGCCUGCACCUGGUUUCGUUUGCAGUCCUUGCCUUGAAUGUGGUCAUUGUAGCCGCAGUCGUGGUGAGGCAUUUUCUAAAUCAGCGGGCUGACUACAGAUACCACAAGCUGCCAGGCUCUAACUAG